AUGCUUUUUAUCUUCGCUACGUUUCUCUCAUUUUCACGUUUGAUUGGACUUCCAGUGCCUUAUUUGAGCUACGGAUCCUCGCUUCACGGAUGUUUGCAAGACUUCUCCACUCUUCUUUACAACCCACAAUUGCGCGAACAUUAUGCAAAUCGAAUCGCAAAGCAGCCAACCGAAGCGAAUCUGCGCGCUCUUUUAAACAGCAGCGAGAACAGCAAACAAAUCCAAACACUUCUCGAUCAAUACAAAGCAUUGGGCGAAACUCCCGAUGAAACGGACAUCAUUCGCGCGGUUCUUCGGCAUCAUUGGAAAGAGGAGGAUUACGACUCACCUGCGACGAAGAAGCUGAUGAAACUUCACUAUUACAACGGAGUGAUGAGUUAUUUGAAGAGAGAAAUCAAACGAUAUUUUGAAAAUCCAGAAAUCGCGCCGAUUUCUGUAGAAUCGGAGUUUGCUUUGGAUGGAAGCAUCGAAGUGGAUGGAAGAGAGGAGAAAUACCGGUUUAGAGGUGUGUUUGAUCGCAUCGAAGGAAAGAAUGGAAAGCCGGAAACGAUCGUCGAGUACAAAUCGAACCCAUCAAACAAGGAGUUGAAUGAAGAAAGCUUUGCUUCCAAUGUGAAAACUUAUGUCGAUGCGUUUCGAAAGCUGAACGGAUCGGAUCCUUCCAAUAUGUGGUUUGAAAACAUCGAGUCUGGAAUCCGAUGUCAAGUCGAUUUAGGUAAAAUGGAUGGGAAGUUGAUCGAGUCGAAUAUCACAAAGUAUAUCCGAGGUGUGCGUGCUUGCGAUUUUUCGCGGUGUAAGAACGAGUUUCAAUGCUCGCGUUGCGAGUUUCGGGAUAUUUGUUAG